AUGUAUUCUCACACACCACCUCUUCCACCGCCUAAGCCAUCAGGAAGCCACGAGACGACAAGCAUAAAUACCCCGGAAACGUCGCCGUCGCCACGGCUCCUCCAACGUCCGGAGACAGGGGGUCCCGGUGCCGAUGGCUUUCAACAUGUAGGCUCGGCCUCCGCCGGGCAACCCAUCCCAGACCCCGGCGAGCAAUGGCUGCCCAAGUUCCUGCAGGACAAGUCCAAGCAAGAUCUCGCUGAGAUUCUUUCCAACCCAUCGCUUCUCUCUGCAUUGACACAUUCACCGGAAACCAUCCACCCCUCUUUGCAGGCGUCGCAUGACGCGUUGCAGUCCGCGCUGGCCGAGAACGUGCAACGGGCAGCUCAGCUGCUGAACCUCGAAGCACGCCUCGCGAACCAGCGCUCGUUGACCCAAGCCCAGCUUCUGUCGACCCAUGCUCUCGAGCGCCAGUGGAGGGCCAAACAAGCCGAGAUGGACCAUGCUCUCACCCCCUUUGCCCCGACACGGCUAUACCAACGGCUCAGCCAGGGCUUACAGGAACAAGAGGCCGUGUGCUGUGCUCUCGAGGAGAGUUUCCUUGAUAGCGGUGGGGAUGAUGUGCCUGCGUCGGAGCGGGAGGCCAACGAUUGGGUCAGGAAAUAUCGGGAGGCUAAGAAGCUAUACUACCUGCGGCAGGAACGCAAGGAGAGGUGGGACGAGGGGAGAGUUGGUGGAUGGCGUUGA